UUUCGUCGACUGACACUUUUGGAAUUGUCGAUUGUGAGAUAGUUCCUUCGAAUGGGGACUCCUCAUGCAAAUUUUCGUUUGAAGCGUUCGUGCUUCCCAAGAUCUGUCAUGAUAUGCCACCAGAACUACUGAAUGUCUCUUCUUGGAGGCAUCUGAAGGAUUUAGAUCUCGCUGAUCCGUCUUUUCACAAAUCUGGACCUAUAGACAUGUUGGUUAACGUCAACCUUUUCGCUGCUGCACUACAAUCUGGCGUUGUCAAGGGCAACGCAGAUGAGCCCAUAGCUGUCCGCACUGUUUUCGGCUGGUUGGUGAUGGGUGAGUGCCCUAUAAUCGUUAACACUUCUCGUUCUCGUUGUCAUAAAGGUUCAGAAGGUGAUACUCAGAGGUGCUAUCUCGUGUCGAGUCUAUCGUUAGACAAUAAUAUCAAGCGCUUCUGGGAACUGGAAAGUGUAGAUCCUCCCAAAAAUAUCGUUUUGUCGAAAUCAGAAAUGUCGUGUGAAAACCAAAUGGAAACUUCAUAUUGUCGCACUCCUGAGGGUAGGAUGGUAGUACCAUUAACUUAUGUCGAUCCUCAGGAUAAACCCAGGUUUUCAAAUUGUCGUGAGAUAGCUCUCAAGCGUCUCUUAAAUUUAGAGAGGAAAUUCAAAUUGAAUCCUCAGUUUCGGACAGCUUAUGUCAAUUUCAUGGAUGACUACCUUAGUUGCGGUCACAUGGUGGAAGUUGAUCCUCCCUUGUCGUCUGAAGAUCAACUUCACAAUUUCGAAAACGUCCAUGAUUUAUCGUUAAAAAUUCUCGGUUUGUCGUGGCUUCCUAAGGAAGAUACUUUCACAUUCAAGACCUCCUUGAAUGAUUGUCGUUGUACGAAGCGAUCGAUCCUCUCGGACAUCGCUCGUAUCUUUGAUCCUCUGGGUCUAUUGUCGCCUGUCGUAUUUUUCGCAAAAUAUUUAAUUCAACUUCUAUGGGUUUCGGGUGUCGAUUGGGACAGCGAGGUUCCUAUCGCUAUCGCUCAAGAAUGGCGUAAAUUCAAAUCGCAAUUGGCCGAAAUGAGCUCGUUGUCCAUUCCCCGUAGAAUGGUUGUAUCUUUCGUAUCGUUACAGCUUCACGGGUACUGUGACGCCUCGGAGAAGGGUUACUGUGCUGUCAUUUAUUGUCGUGUCGUUCAAAAUGACGGAUCCGUUGUCGUGCGUCUUUGUUGCGCUAAAACGAAGGUGGCCCCCCUUCGUAAAUGCUCUAUUCCGAGAUGCGAGCUGUUAGCUGCUGUCUUGUUGUCGGACUUGAUUGUCUCGUUUACCGAAGCUGUAAAAGAUUUUCACACCUUUGAUGAUAUCCACGCUUGGUCAGACUCUACUGUCGCGCUGACUUGGAUUCGUUCGUGUCCAUCAAAGUGGAAAACUUUUGUGGCUAAUAGGGUUGCGCAUAUACAAGAAAACGUUCCCCCUGAAAAUUGGCACCACGUUUCUGGUUCGGAUAAUCCAGCAGAUUGCGGCUCCCGCGGUUUGUUACCUGCUGAUUUAAUCCAGAAUACGCUAUGGUGGGCGGGGCCUACUUGGCUGUCUAAUCCUCAAGAAUCUUGGCCGGAAUCUGAGAUCUUUUCAGAUCAAGCUGCUUCGAACGAGCAAAAAAUCUAUAGUUUGUUCACAGACUCUAAUAUAUCGUUGAUUGACAACAUGUUGAGCAGAUUCUCGUCUUUACAACGCAUAUUGCGUAUUUUCGCUUAUUGUUUUCGGUUCAUGCAUAACUUGCAAAAAUCAUCGUCGAAAAUCACAGAUCCGAAUCUGUCGUCUGAAGAAAUUACGAAAGUUCUUCAUUUUCUCGUGAAACGUGUCCAGGAGCGAGCCUUCGCCUCAGAAUUGCGGUGCUUGUUGACAGAUAAGUCGACCCACUCUCUAUCGAAACCCAUGCGGAAAUUGGCGCCGUUUGUGGAUGAGCGUGGAAUGCUCAGGAUUGAGGCGAUGCUGAACUCACGGCCUUUGUCCCCUGUCAGCUCAGACCCAAACGACCUGUCAGUGUUGACCCCCGGACAUUUCCUUACUUUGGAGCCGCUCACCAUAUUGCCUGAAAGCAACAUGGUCGAUGCGAAAUUAGGUCCACUUCAGAGAUGGAAAUUGUUACAAAAGAUCCAUCAGGAUUUCUGGCGUAAGUGGCACGUCGAAUAUCUGCACACAUUGCAGCAGCGCCACAAAUGGUUCGAUAGCCAGAAAAACAUUGUCGUCGGGACGCUCGUGCUUAUUGUCAAUGAGCAAUGUAGCCCCAUGAAGUGGAAAAUUGGCCGGCGGCAGCUGCACGACGACGUACGUCCAUGGUUCCUGAGUACAAACUGGUCGAUCGUCGGAUUGCUUGCCGCGCGCGGCUGCCGCGCUAUAAUUCAAGAUGGUGCCAAAAAUGGCUCGCGAGCCAAAAUACAGAUUUGCCGCGGUCGAACAAUGCUUGCGCGGCCGCCGCGCGAUAUCGAGACGCGGCUUAAGAAAAAGUGA